GUUUAUGUUGGGAAGAGGCGACAUUGAAUCCGAAACCCUAAUCGAUGGAGAACCAAAACGAAAGCACAAGCGUACGAGUUCUGUGUCGCAAGCUGGUGAUCAUAAAAGAAGGACUCCAAUGGCUAAUCGGAUCACCAUUCCUCCCUCAAUUCACCAUUGUCUCCACCUUCAAAUGCAUCCACUCUCUCUCCUCCAAUCCUCUCUCUCCAGAUUUCUCCAAAGAAUCAGAUGAUAUGCGGACACUGGUUCCGAAAGGUUUCGAGGUAAUUGGAGCUUUGAUUGUUGGGAGGUCUUCGAAUUCUGAACAAAUUGCUAGCGAGACAAUUGAGGUCUCCAAAAAAUUGAGGAAAUUUCUGUAUGAUGACAAUGAUGGAGGAGAUUUGGAAAAUAGAGGUUUAAUAGGAGCUGCGGUGGAGGAGAGCAACGGUGAUGUUCGAUUUUUUCUGUCGAGGUCGGGGAAUUUGGACAGAAUUGAGUGUGUUGGUUCCGUUGUGUAUGAAGAUCAGCCGGAGAAAUAUAUUUGGGAGAGAGGUUGUUUACUUCGAUGUGAGCUUCCGAUAAAGUUGCCUUUAUAUUAUCCUGCAAACAGUCCUAAAGGCAAUAUACGGGCACCCACACGCGCACUGAUGUAG